CUUCGGGGGGGGGGGAUCCGGCGGUGACCGCGAGGAGACGAUGAAGCUGCUGGUGGCGCUGGCUUGGCUCUGCCCGGGCGCGCUGCUGGUGCUGCUCCACCUCGGCGAGGUGGCGCCGCAGCCUUGCCCGGCUCAGUGCUCCUGUUCCGGGAGCACCGUGGACUGUCACGGGCUGGCGCUGCGGAGCGUCCCGAGGAACGUUCCUCGCAACACCGAGAGGCUGGAUCUUAAUGGCAAUAAUAUCACAAGGAUCACAAAGACUGAUUUUGCUGGCCUAAGACACCUUCGAGUUCUUCAGCUCAUGGAAAACAAGAUUAGUACAAUUGAAAGAGGAGCAUUCCAGGACCUGAAAGAACUGGAGAGACUGCGUCUAAACAGAAAUAAUCUUCAACUCCUCUCUGAGUUGCUGUUUCUUGGGACUCCAAAACUCUACAGGCUGGACCUUAGUGAAAACCAGAUUCAUGCCAUUCCUAGAAAGGCAUUCCGUGGAGCUGUAGACAUUAAAAACCUGCAACUGGAUUACAACCAGAUCAGCUGCAUCGAAGAUGGGGCAUUUAGGGCUCUCCGUGAUCUGGAAGUGCUCACUCUCAACAAUAACAACAUCACACGGCUCUCAGUGGCAAGUUUCAACCAUAUGCCCAAACUCAGAACCUUCCGACUACACUCCAACAACCUUUACUGUGAUUGCCAUCUAGCUUGGCUCUCCGAUUGGCUACGCCAGCGACCUCGGGUUGGACUGUACACUCAGUGCAUGGGCCCCUCACAUUUAAGGGGUCACAAUGUAGCUGAGGUUCAAAAACGGGAAUUCGCCUGCAGUGAUGAGGAAGAAGGUCAUCAGUCUUUUAUGGCUCCCUCCUGCAGCGUCUUGCACUGUCCUUCUGCAUGUACCUGUAGUAACAACAUUGUGGACUGCCGAGGGAAGGGCCUUUCGGACAUCCCAACUAAUCUGCCAGAAACCAUCACAGAAAUACGGUUGGAGCAAAAUUCAAUCAAGGUCAUCCCCGCUGGAGCUUUCUCACCAUAUAAAAAACUUAGAAGAAUUGAUCUGAGCAACAACCAGAUCUCAGAGGUUGCACCAGAUGCAUUUCAGGGUCUACGCUCACUAAAUUCACUGGUUCUCUAUGGAAACAAAAUCACAGAACUUCCCAAAGGCCUAUUUGAAGGACUUUUCUCUCUACAGUUGUUAUUAUUAAAUGCUAACAAGAUAAAUUGCCUGCGAGUCGAUGCUUUCCAAGACCUGCACAACUUGAACCUCCUCUCUUUGUACGAUAACAAACUUCAAACCAUUGCAAAGGGCACCUUUUCUCCACUCCGAGCAAUCCAGACCCUGCAUUUGGCUCAGAACCCAUUUAUUUGUGACUGCCAUCUGAAGUGGCUGGCGGAUUAUCUCCAUACAAACCCUAUUGAAACCAGCGGUGCUCGCUGCACCAGCCCCCGCCGUCUGGCAAACAAAAGGAUUGGCCAAAUCAAAAGCAAGAAAUUUCGCUGUUCAGCUAAAGAACAGUAUUUCAUUCCAGGCACCGAAGAUUACAGAUCCAAACUAAGCGGAGAUUGCUUUGCAGACCUGGCUUGUCCUGAAAAAUGCCGUUGUGAAGGAACAACUGUUGACUGCUCCAAUCAAAAGCUCAGCAAAAUUCCCGACCAUAUUCCUCAGUAUACAGCAGAACUGCGACUCAACAACAAUGAAUUCACAGUGCUGGAGGCUACAGGGAUCUUUAAGAAGCUUCCUCAACUACGUAAAAUAAAUCUGAGCAAUAAUAAAAUCACAGAUAUUGAAGAAGGAGCAUUUGAAGGAGGAUCGGGUGUAAACGAGCUGUUGCUCACCAGUAACCGGCUGGAGAAUGUGCGCCACAAAAUGUUCAAAGGACUUGAAAGUCUCAAAACUUUGAUGCUAAGGAGCAAUCGCAUCAGCUGCGUGAGUAAUGACAGUUUCACAGGCCUGAGCUCUGUUCGAUUGCUAUCCUUAUACGACAACCAAAUAACCACAAUUGCUCCUGGUGCAUUUGACACGCUUCAUUCCUUGUCUACACUGAACCUCUUAGCCAACCCUUUCAACUGCAACUGUCACUUGGCAUGGCUGGGAGAAUGGCUGAGGAAAAAGCGCAUCGUAACGGGCAACCCCCGCUGCCAGAAACCCUACUUCCUGAAAGAAAUCCCUAUACAGGAUGUUGCCAUUCAGGACUUCACUUGUGACGACGGGAAUGAUGACAACAGCUGCUCUCCACUUUCCCGGUGCCCUGCAGAAUGUACUUGCCUAGAUACUGUGGUUCGUUGCAGCAACAAAGGUCUAAAGACUUUGCCAAAAGGCAUCCCCAAAGAUGUAACUGAACUUUAUUUGGAUGGAAACCAAUUUACCCUUGUCCCCAAAGAACUUUCAAACUACAAGCACUUAACUCUUAUAGAUUUAAGUAACAACAGAAUCAGCACCCUUUCUAACCAGAGCUUCAGCAACAUGACUCAGCUGCUUACUUUAAUUCUGAGCUACAAUCGUCUCAGAUGUAUCCCGGCACGAACAUUUGAUGGCUUGAAAUCGCUUAGGCUACUGUCUCUACAUGGCAAUGAUAUUUCUGUUGUACCUGAAGGUGCUUUUAACGAUCUUUCAGCAUUAUCCCAUCUUGCAAUUGGAGCAAAUCCACUUCAUUGUGACUGUAAUAUGCAGUGGCUAUCUGAUUGGGUAAAGUCCGAAUACAAAGAGCCAGGCAUAGCCCGAUGUGCUGGACCUGGGGAAAUGGCUGACAAACUGCUUCUCACCACUCCAUCUAAAAAAUUCACUUGUCAAGGUCCUGUGGAUGUCAGUAUUCUGUCCAAAUGUAGUCCCUGCUUAUCAAACCCAUGCAAAAAUGAUGGAACUUGUAAUAACGACCCUGUCGAUUUCUACAGAUGCUCCUGUCCCUAUGGCUUCAAGGGCCAGGACUGUGAUGUUCCAAUUCAUGCCUGCAUUAGCAACCCUUGUAAACAAGGAGGGACGUGUCACUUAAAAGAAGGUGAAAAGGAUGGAUUUUGGUGUGCCUGUGCAGAUGGAUUCGAAGGUGAAAACUGUGAAGUGAAUGUCGAUGAUUGUGAAGAUAAUGAUUGUGAAAAUAACUCAACCUGUGUUGACGGAAUUAACAACUACACUUGCCUGUGUCCUCCCGAGUACACAGGUGAGCUAUGCGAAGAGAAGCUGGAUUUCUGUGCCCAAGACGUGAACCCCUGUCAGCAUGACUCCAAGUGCAUCCAAACACCCAAAGGAUACAAAUGCAACUGCACACCAGGCUAUACAGGAGAUCACUGUGAUGUUGACUAUGACGACUGCCAAGACAACAAGUGUAAAAAUGGAGCGCAGUGUACAGAUGCAGUGAAUGGUUAUACAUGCAUAUGCCCCGAAGGGUACAGUGGACUCUUCUGUGAGUUUUCACCACCAAUGGUCUUGCCUCGCACCAGCCCAUGUGAUAAUUAUGAGUGUCAAAAUGGAGCCCAGUGCAUCAUCAAGGCCAAUGAGCCAAACUGCCAAUGUUUGUCAGGUUACCAGGGCGACAAAUGCGAAAAGCUGGUCAGCAUAAAUUUUGUAAAUAAAGAAUCCUACCUGCAGAUUCCUUCAGCAAAGAUUCACCCCCAGACCAAUAUCACUCUUCAGAUUGCCACAGAUGAGGAUAGUGGAAUCUUACUGUAUAAAGGCGACAGAGACCAUAUAGCUGUGGAACUGUACCGUGGACGAGUGAGGGUCAGUUAUGAUACAGGAUCAUACCCAUCCUCUGCCAUUUACAGUGUUGAGACAAUCAAUGAUGGAAACUUCCAUAUAGUUGAGUUACUGGCCAUGGAUCAGAUUCUGUCUUUGUCUGUUGAUGGAGGAAGUCCCAAAAUCAUCAGCAACUUAUCUAAACAAUCCACUUUGAAUUUUGACUCUCCGCUCUAUGUAGGAGGCAUGCCUAUGAAGAACAAUGUUGCAGCCUUGCGCCAGUCUCCAGGACAAAAUGGCACCAGUUUUCAUGGCUGCAUCCGUAAUCUAUACAUCAAUAGUGAGCUGCAGGACUUUAGGAAUGUCCCACUGCAAGUUGGAAUCCUGCCAGGCUGCGAACCCUGUCAUAAGAAAAUGUGUGUCCAUGGGACCUGUCACGUGACUAGCCAGUCGGGCUUUGCUUGCGAGUGUGAGGGAGGAUGGACUGGCCCACUCUGUGAUCAGCAAGCCAAUGAUCCUUGUUUAGGAAAUAAAUGUGUGCAUGGUACCUGCUUGCCAAUCAAUGCGUUUUCAUACAGUUGUAAAUGCCUGCAGGGACAUGCGGGAGUCCUCUGUGAUGAGGAUGAAGAACUGCUUAACCCCUGCCAGUCCAUCCGAUGUAAACACGGUAAAUGCAGGCUUUCAGGCCAUGGGAAACCGUAUUGCGAGUGCAGCAGCGGAUACACUGGGGACGGCUGCGAUAAAGCGAAUUAUACAGAAAUCUCUUGUCGAGGGGAACGAGUCAGAGAUUACUUCCAAAAGCAGCAAGGUUAUGCCGCGUGCCAGACGACCAAGAAGGUAUCGAGACUAGAAUGCAAAGGAGGCUGUUCGAGUGGGCAGUGCUGUGGACCACUGAGGAGCAAGAGGCGGAAAUACUCCUUUGAAUGCACUGACGGGUCCUCAUUUGUGGAUGAGGUCGAGAAGGUGGUGAAAUGCAGCUGUACAGAGUGCCCCUCCUAAACAUGCCCUGUUCCGUUCCACUUCUGUCUUUUUUUUUAAUGUUGUAUACUUAUCGACCGUGUCUUGGACUAAUUAAUGCUUCAUAGUGGAAAUAUUUGAAAUAUAUUGUAAAAUACAGAACAGACUUAUUUUUAUUAUGAGAAUAAAGACUUUUUUUCUUCAACUGCAACGAAACAAAAAAAUAAUAAUAAAGUGCUUGAACUGAGACUUCUUGUACCCAAGAGGAGUUUUGAAGGAAAAGUGGGGGGAAAGACCCCCCAAUAAAAAUACCUGGUAACAUUUCAACAGUGAUGGGGAAACUUAACAACUUUUAACAGCAGCCCUUCUUUGUAACAUUCUGAAGAUAAACAGGCACUUUGCUCAAGUGACUUUCGACCCUACAAUCUUAUUGAUGAAAAAUCAACCCCAGAGUCUGAGGCUUUCCUUUCCUUUUUUUUACUUCCUUAACUAGUUUUUCGCUGUCGUCGUUUUUGGUUUUACUCUCUUGACACGAUCAUAUCAAACUCUUCCAGGGCGUGCAAUGAAAAGGCACAAGGCGAACAGAAAUCCUUUUUGUGCAAAUUUAUGUGCGAAUUUAUGCGUUUUGUACAGCAUAAAACAAUCAAGUCGGGGAAAAUGAGACAUCUUGCCUCCUUAACAGAAGAGAAUUCGCCAUAACCCUAAAAUCUCCUGAUAUAUUCUUUUAUGUCGGCAUGUUAGCAAAAGAAGAAAUUGAACGAGUGUUUAUCUGCCCUCUUCCAGUAUUAAUUUUUUUUUGUAAUAUAAAUGUUAAGGGGAGGAUUAAAAAAAUAGAUUAUUGUUGGGAAAAUUAGGUAUAAUAUGGAGUUUUGUUUUUUAUGAGUUCUGAGCAACUCUAUACAGUAUUCGGUUUAUUGAGAAAUAUUUAUUGUAUCAAAGUACACUGUACUUAACAUUUAGGUCACCCCUUUUACUGUUGUUUUUUUUCAAUGCUUUAAUAUAUAUUAAUUUAUAUUUGUCCUGAUAUUUUUGUACUUCCUGUUGUUGUUGGGGUUUUGUUUUGGUUUUUUAAAAAAGAAGACUUAAACCAGGAUAGUUGCAAUAGGACUAACAUGGCAUGUUCUCACGGGGUAAAUAGAUUUGGUCUGGGGUUUUUUUUUCUUCCUCCUUGGCAACCUAUCAUCUGCCUGGUGUCACUGAAAGAACUGGAUGCCAGAAGCAACAACAGGUUGUAGUUUUCAUGAUAGCAGAGGCAUCUCUCAAGUCCUUGUAACGAGUGAGGGGUGAAAGAGUCUUUACCGUAGAUGGCAAAUGUAUUGAAGUGAGCAUUUCCCUGAUAUACAUUGCUUUGCAGAAAAUGAAAUGAUGUGUAGAAACUUGACACUAGAAAAGUAGACCUUUACAAACUAAUAUUCCCUUGGAGUUCCUUCCCUUUAAAAUUUUUUAAAAAAGAGGCUGUAUUACCAAGAACUGUGACUUUUCCCAAAUAUUAAAACUACUUUACUUGUCCUAAUGUUUCCCUUUGUUAACAUUUUUUGCUGCUAAAUCACAAUAUAGAAUUGGUAAUAAUUCUUCAUAGUUGGUUGUGUUCUUUUUUUCCAGUAAAUCUCGGGGUACCCCGUAAUGGGGGUGUUUUUUCAAUUUUUUUAAAAAAGAAAAAGUUAGAUGUACAUGUGUAAUACGGUGUUUCUUUGUCUUAUUUGGACUGAUAUCAGUACCUUUACUGAUGUUUGUAAAUUAAACAGAUAUUUACUUCA